GAGAGACAGGGGAGCAAGAGCCAACGAGAGUCCAGCCCACUUCAACAAAACCAUUCAACACAGUGAGCAGUCCCAGACCUCUUGCGAGCGCACUGCUUCCCUGGGGCACAUCCAGAAGCUGACUACCCAUCCAAUGCAAACUUCUCAAGGACCUGGAGAGGGUGAGAAAUCAACUGACAGAACUAUCCCUGCUUUGCGAUCAGCACGUCUUCUCAAAACUUACCAUUAAGGAUUACACUUUUCCCACACAUUUUCCCUCUAGUAGUUUAGCUCUUACGUUUUUGUUCCACCCCAAUCUUUGUCAGAUCAUCCACAGACAAGACAGACUUUAUCACCAGCUGUCAACAACAGAACGGAUUCUUAUCUUAAUUCAAAAGGAACUUUUCAAGUAAGUUUGACAUUUGUGCACAGCACAAUUGGCGUGUCCAGUUCCACCGCUCUCUUUAAGGAUGUCCCCUAUACCUCUGCUGAGCGGGAUCUUCCUGCUGCUCAUCCAGACAUGCCCUCUCAGUGCCAUGGUCACCAAAGGGAGCCUGGCAACAUCUGAAAAGGCAGCAGCAACAGACUGUCCAUCCUGUGCCCUGGCACGGCUUCAAAAUGGUCCCUCAGAGGAUGAGGGAGCACAGCAAGAUGUGGUUGAAGCAGUGAAGAGACACAUCCUUAACAUGCUACACCUGCAAGAGCGCCCCAACAUCACGCACCCGGUGCCUCGUGCCGCACUCCUCAAUGCCAUCCGUAAGGUACACGUGGGACGAGUGGCCAAGGACGGCAGUGUCCAGAUAGAAGAUGAGGCAAGCAAUCGUCCGGACGCUGAACUGGCAGAGCAGACUGAGAUCAUCACCUUUGCUGAAGCUGGUCAAGCUCCAGGCUUUAUCAACUUUCUCAUCUCCAAGGAAGGUGGUGAGAGGUCACUAGUGGAGCAAGCCAAUGUCUGGCUCUUUCUUCGACUGCCAAAGGGCAACCGUACCCGUGCCAAUGUCACCAUCCGGCUGCUCUUGCAACAGGGAACAGGGGAAAAGGUUCUGGCAGAGAAAUCUGUGGACACCCGGCGCAGUGGCUGGCAUACCUUUCCUGUGUCUGCCAGUGUGCAGGCGUUGCUACAGCAAGGGGGCAGCACGCUAAGCCUGAGCGUCUCCUGCCCGCUGUGUGCUGAUGCUCGGGCUACACCCGUGCUUGUGACUCCGGGAGGCAGUGGACGUGAGCAAUCUCACCGACCUUUCCUCAUGGCUGUGGUGCGACAGCUGGAUGAUCUGACACUAAGGAGACGCCGCAAAAGGGGCCUGGAAUGCGACGGCAAGGUGCGCGUCUGCUGCAAACGUCAGUUCUACGUCAACUUCAAGGACAUUGGAUGGAACGACUGGAUCAUCGCUCCCUCCGGAUAUCAUGCCAACUAUUGCGAAGGUGACUGUCCUAGCCACAUAGCGAGCAUCACCGGCAACUCGUUGUCAUUUCACUCCACGGUUAUCAACCACUACCGCAUGCGAGGGUACAGCCCUUUCACCAACAUCAAGUCCUGCUGCGUGCCAACACGUCUGAGAGCCAUGUCUAUGCUCUACUACAAUGAAGAGCAGAAAAUCGUCAAAAAGGACAUACAGAACAUGAUUGUGGAGGAAUGUGGCUGUUCGUAAUACAGAUAGGGAAAGAAAGAAGAAGAAGGGAAGGGAGGGAGAGACAGGGCAGCAAGGUUGGGUGGUAGGGGCAAGAACUUCACUCCCCUUGACAAAUGACUCAGAGGAGAAUAUUGCUCCUCCAUCUCUUUCUCACUGCCUCAAGAUAAACUCUCGAAGACAGGCCUCUCUGGAUAACUUGUGUGUGGUCAUCUUAGAAUCCAAUGGGUAUCACAUUACAGUGGGUAAUGUAACUCAGUCUAACUCAGAGUAAUCUCUGUGGCACUUUCAAAAAAGAAAAUAUAAUAUAUUUUUGUUACAAAGCAAAGGGAGCAAGGUCAUAGGGUAUUUAUGUGGCCUACUUGCAGUGUGAAAAUGCACUGCGAGAAGAGAGAUCAUGUUGUUGAGGUGCCUGAAAAAGAAAUUUUAAAAACUAUGCAACUUGUCAAGUAUUAUGAUAUAUUUUUCAUCAAGGUGUUGUUUUGUUUCUCAUCUAUGUACUUUUUCAGACAAAAAAAAGAAAGAAAUGAGUUAACAAGAGUUGACUUUUUAUAAUUUGUACGUAUGUUUAAUGUAAUAUGUGUGACGUGUGUGCACAAAAAGUGUGUGUAUGUACAGUGUGCUUUUGGGAGUUUUUGUGUACAUUUGUGUGCAUGUCAUGUUUGUGUAUGUUGUUGAGAGAUACUUGAAAGAAGUUUGACGGGCUGCUGGAACCAAACAUUUCUCUAUAUUAUUAUUCUAAUUAUUCUGACUAUUGUUCAAAAAUAUUAUUAUUUUGUUUUGAUUUAUGUAAAAAAAUUAUUAUCUUAAAAAAAAAGAGACGUUAAAAUGUUUACAGUUUUGCACUAUAUCAACAUUUUGAUCAGCAUAGCCACAUACACAACUAGUAUAUAGAGAAGGCAAAAAGCACUUCAAUGCAGAUGUACCUACAAAGCAUGAGUUUAACAAAUGAGAUUGUUAAAAAUAUAUGCGGAGGGAAGAGCGGUAGGUUGAGAUAAACUAGCAUUACAUCAGAGGACCAUGUAUACACACAUACGUUUUACAAAAUAGUGUUUUGUUUUUCAAUCAACACCAAAGAAUGUAGUUAAGUGUUGCCUACCAUAUUAGGCUGUCUUAGAACAGUUCCGAAGAUACCAAUAUGUCACUGCUUUUUCGGCCUACAAAGAUGUUAGCAAACAGAAAGACCUUUAAAUCAGUUACUCAAAGUCCCACUGCAGCUCACUCCUUUGUGUGCUUUUGCACUGCUGCACAGUCCAUGCACGACUGGGCAUCUAAAUGGUUAAUACAGCACUUAAACCAACCUUUGAAAGUUUUUUUUUAAAUAAUUAAUUGUAAAAAAAGUGAAUGUGCUGUAUAUUUAAUUACUUUUUGUGUAAUUGGGAGAUCGUCAGUUAUAUAAAGAAAAAAAAAUAUUUAAAAAAAUUAAAACUAAAUUUUUUUUUCAGAAAAAACAAUUCAUUUGUGGUUAAUUCUUCCACUACCCAACACAGAAUACUUUACCACUGUGCAAUGUCAAAUAAAUUAAGCCAUUUUGGAAAAGAAAAGAAGCAGAAACAAAACAAAAAAAAUAAAAAAUACGUUUUCAAUUUUUUUUAGAAAAGUUUUCAUGGGAAUGCUUACAAAAUGUCAUAACAGAAAAAAAAUACAUUGAAAAGGAAAAAGAUAAACAGAAUAUAAUUAAUAAAAGUUAUAUGAAAAAGAAAGACAUGUUGUAUAUGAUUUUGUAAGUGUUUUGUUGUUGUUGUUGUUUGUUGUUAUAAAGACAAAAGACACUGAAAUCAGUGGACUAAGAAUAAAAAUAUAUUUUUUAUUCUGUAUAUAUGGAAGUCAAGAUACCAAUAUGUUGCAUUGCUUUGUUGUACAAAUCAAAAAUGUGCUUGUGGCUAUUUUUUUUUAAUCUAAUUUAUUCUACAGUAUUUUGUCCUUUGCUUCACCAUUAAAGUUAACAAGUUGUACACUAAACAAA